UCUCAUAAAGAUAUCCCAAAAAACCCAGAGAGAGAGAGAGAUCAGAGAGAAGAAAACCCUAAUCUUUAAACUAACUAGCUAAGCAACAAAUCUCUCACUCGACGCUGAAUCAUGGUCGCCCCUGUUGAUCCUGUACCUCAAUCUCCAGAUGGGUUUUACGCAAUCAACAACCAGUUUCUAGAAAGUGGACCAAAAGGGCAAGUGGAGAUUAAGAUAUUGGAGAACGAAGACACCUUCAUCAGGUUUGAUCUUCCCGGUGUUCCACCAAACGGUGUGACGAUUUUAAUUGACGAGUCUAAAAGAGGUGUGAAGAUCUUUGCCUAUGCGCCAAAGGAGAACAAACAUGACGCCUCUCAUCGGAGCUACGGUUUAACUUUUCAACCGAAACUCAAAGUCGGCCGUAGGAAGACGCAUCUCGAGUGCAAAUGCCAUGAUAUCUCCGGCUUCACCUCCCACAUGUCCGAUGGUGUUCUUAGGCUUAUCCUCAACAAGACCCCCACCACUACACCUACCUUCUCACUUAUUGGUGGUGGCCGAGCCGGCGAUGUUAGCUGUGAUCCGGGUCAUCAUGGUUUUCUCCCUGGCACGGAUCCUGAUGACCCCAACUUAACUGGUCCGAUAUUGAUGCCAUACCGGGGUGUGGACGAAGGAUCGAAGAUGGCCUAUGAGUCGAAGCAGCUCCCAGACGGCCAACUAUACUUGCGUGUAGACAUGCCUGGCGUUCCAAAAGACAAAUUCAAUGUCUCUGUCACGAAUGGGAGAGUGAAAGUGACCGGUGAAGCUCCUGCUCGUGGCCAUGACUCAGCUGGCCGUUUCUACUCUGGUGACGUGGCUGUGCUCUCCUCUCCUGUUGACCUUCCUAGCCGUCGGAUCAAAACCAUCGCCAAGAACGGUGUGAUUCGCCUCUUCAUCCCUCCUGUUGAUAUGAUUUCAUGAUGAGACUCAUAUAUAUAUAUAUAUAUAUCUGACGUCUUUCAUCUAGAAUAUAGUGGACCCUUUUUUUCCGGGAUUUUGUCGUUGUUUUCUGGUUCUCGUCGACCUGUGUUUUAUGAGUAUUUUGGAUGAUGUCUCGACGACAAACUUAUUUUGA